AUGGAUAGACGUGUUCGCACUGGCUGCGUGACCUGUCGAAAAAGACGCAUCAAAUGCGACGAAGCAAAGCCUUUCUGCGCUCGCUGUCGAUCUGCAAACUUUGUUUGUGAAGGUUACGCGACACCAAAGCAGGCUCCAGAAACAGCGCUCCUUUCCCACUCUAGCCCUGGACGUAAAUCUCACUCUCUUCGUGAAAGGUCCUCAUUCGGUGAGCUCUCAUGGCGGCACACAAAUUGGCGGCAGGAGCAAUUACCCCUCUAUCACCACUUUGUAACGACAACCGUUGUUAGACUCUUCAGGAGCGACCAUGUCAACUUCUGGCGGGAUCAAGUGGCGCAGAUGUCGUUCGGCUUGGACAUCGUCUAUGAGGCUCUUUUAGCUAUCGGGGCAAUGCACAGGUCAUCACUUCUCAGAUGUCUGAAUGAAAACGCCACAGAAGCUACUAGAUUAAAAGUGCUCGGGCUCCGUGCCUAUGGAGAGACUCUCCGAUUGCUACCCAGUCAUUUGGGUCGGAAUACAGUGACGGAAAUCUCUGCUAUACUUGUCGUCCUAAUGCUUCUCAGUUAUUUCGAGUGUUUUAUGGAGAAUCCCAAGGGUACUUUUCGUCAUUUAUGGGCAGCAAUACAGCUUCUUCGAACUUCAGAGAACCGCUUCUCCGAUGCUGAAGUCUCGCACAUACUACCAGUCUAUGAUGCCAUGCUUCGUCUGGACUUCCUAGCGCAGAAGCUCGUGCCUUAUGCGGGUUCGUCUUUCCUGAGAUUCUCGAAUGUAGCCAGUUUGGAAAGUCCAUUUUGGAAUAGAGUCUCACCUGAAUUCUCGGAUGAUCACCAUAUAGAUCCGAUCGCUGUGGAGCGGGCAAACUCGCCGGCAACAUUCGCGAGCUUUGAUGGCCAAGAGAGCGCCAACUUAGACGCUACUCCUAUGGAAUCGCUUCCGAUUCCUCCCUUCCCAGCUCAUUUCUCCUCUACUGACGCAGCACUGAAUGUUGUGAUGUAUAAUGCUUACAUGGGAUGUGCCGUGGCAAUGAUCGGUACAAAUGACCCGGACCCAGCUGCUCGAGAAUUAGAAGCUUUCAAACUCAUCUAUGAGACCCUUCGUAUUGCCGCGGGACUGAUUGAAAAGCACAAAGAGAGUCUAUACAAGCCAUGUGAUGCCAUCAGUGUUGGAAUCUCAACGUACCUCUUUCACAGUGCCCGUCGAUGCUUCUCCUCGACCUGGCAGAAAUGGACAAUUGCUGCUCUUCGAUCAAUAGGCCGUGAAGGUCUAUCCAACGGCUUCACUUUAGCGAACACCCUCGAAACGAUGUGUGAACUUGAGGCUCGGAUGCGUCACGAUAACGUCACACGUUCGUGCAACAUUGCAGCGAAGUCUCCGCUAGGCCCUAUAAACAGCCGAUUGAUACCUCUUCUGCUACCUCAUGAGGAAGGUUCCCAACUCUUGGCGUUCUACCUCCGGUACGGAAAUAUGGAAAACGAUCGCGAUGAGCAAGGCGUUCAAGUUGUGGCAAAGGCUACUUGGACUGAAGACAUUAGCGGUACCGUCAAGUCAACAAAACUUGAUAUGUACGAAUCAGCUGCUGCAGGAGAUCUCGGCGCAACAAAUAGACCUCAGGCGGUUGAACUUUUUCACUCCUGGCGCAAUGAGGUCGAAAAGGGGUGGCAUGGAUAUUUGACAAAAGAAGUCCAGGAGGGAUUUCUCCAAAGAGAAGGUCUUCUAGAUCCAUGA